AAACCCAAACCCUCAUACUCGGACUCUUUCCCAACAGACGCACUGCCGCAGAACUAUUGUCCGAGCAAAACGGUAGCGCAAACGAAACCCUAGAUCUUAACACCCUCGAGAUUUUUCAAGAUGGUUUCGGAUGCGAGUAAGAAGAAGGCGGCUCAGAAGAAGGCGGCGGCUGCUGCGAAGAGAGGAGGAAAGGCUGUGGCGGUCGCCGCCUCGUCUAAGGCUGCUGAGAACGGCAGCAAAGUAGAUAGCUUGGCCAGUGGAGUCGGAGAUCUUCAUAUAUCUGAUCGGACGUGUACCGGAGUCCUCUGCUCGCAUCCCCAGUCUAGAGAUAUUCGGAUAGAAUCUCUUUCACUCACUUUCCAUGGUCACGAUCUGAUAGUUGACUCGGAACUGGAGCUCAAUUAUGGCAGACGCUAUGGUUUGCUUGGGUUAAAUGGCUGUGGGAAGUCCACUCUUCUUACUUCAUUAGGUUGCCGGGAGCUUCCAAUUCCUGGACACAUGGAUAUCUAUCACCUUUCUAGGGAGAUCGAAGCUUCUGACAUGUCUUCACUUGAGGCUGUUAUGAGUUGUGAUGAGGAGAGGCUGAAAUUAGAGAGGGAAGCUGAAGUAUUGGCUGCACAGGAUGAUGGUGGUGGUGAACCACUUGAGCGCAUUUAUGAACGUUUGGAAUUAAUGGAUUCAUCAACAGCUGAAAAACGAGCUGCUGAGAUAUUAUUUGGUCUCGGUUUUGACAAGAAAAUGCAACAAAAGAAAACACGAGAUUUUUCUGGUGGCUGGAGGAUGAGGAUUGCUUUAGCAAGAGCUCUUUUCAUGAACCCAACCAUACUGCUGCUUGAUGAACCUACAAAUCAUCUUGACUUGGAGGCUUGUGUGUGGUUAGAAGAGAUGUUGAAAAACUUCGACCGUAUUCUCGUAGUGGUGUCGCAUUCCCAGGAUUUUCUGAAUGGAGUCUGCACAAACAUCAUUCACAUGCAGAGCAAGAAGCUAAAGAUCUACUCUGGCAACUACGACCAAUAUGUCCAAACCCGCUCGGAACUCGAAGAGAACCAGAUGAAACAGUACAAGUGGGAGCAGGAGCAAAUAUCCUCGAUGAAGGAAUACAUUGCUCGCUUUGGUCACGGUUCUGCCAAGCUUGCUCGUCAGGCCCAGAGCAAAGAAAAAACUCUAGCAAAGAUGGAGCGUGGUGGGUUAACAGAGAAGGUGGCAAGAGAUAGCGUCCUUGUUUUCCGAUUCACAGAUGUUGGAAAAUUACCCCCUCCUGUCCUUCAGUUUUCCGAAGUGACAUUCGGCUACACUCCUGAUAAUCUCAUCUACAAGAACCUUGACUUUGGUGUUGACCUUGAUUCGAGAAUUGCCCUUGUGGGACCCAAUGGAGCUGGAAAGAGUACACUUCUGAAGCUGAUGACUGGUGAUUUGGUUCCUCUUGAUGGAAUGGUCCGCCGCCACAACCACCUGAGAAUCGCACAGUACCACCAGCACUUGACUGAGAAGCUUGAUGUUGAAUUGUCUGCGCUCGAGUUUAUGCUGAAGGAGUACCAGGGUACCGAGGAGGAGAAGAUGAGGAGUGCAGUGGGAAGGUUCGGUAUUAGUGGCAAAGCCCAAACGAUGCCUAUGAAGAACCUGUCUGAUGGGCAGAGGAGCCGUGUGAUUUUUGCUUGGCUGGCAUACAGGCAGCCACAGAUGCUGCUGUUGGAUGAGCCAACCAAUCAUUUGGAUAUCGAGACCAUUGACUCUCUUGCCGAGGCUUUGAAGGAGUGGGACGGUGGUUUGGUUCUGGUGAGUCACGAUUUUAGGCUGAUUAACCAGGUGGCGCACGAGAUUUGGGUGUGCGAGAAUCAGGCGGUGACUAGGUGGGAGGGUGGCAUCAUGGACUUCAAGCGCCACUUGAAGGCUAAGGCUGGUUUGUAAGAAGUCGAUAUAUUUAGAGAGAGGGAUCCUGGCCGUAGCUAUGAGGAUAUGCACGUAAUAUGCUAUUCUCGUGUGUUGUGGUGAAAGUCGAAGAGGGUAAUUUGGUCAUUACUGUGAGCAUGUUUGGUUCAAAGACCCUCUAUGCAGGAAGAAGCUGAAUGGAAGCUUGACUUAGCUUUUAUUUAUAUGGAUGUUUGCUGGGUUUUACCUUAGUUCGCUUGGUCACAGCCAACGGCGAAAAGGGUAUUGCCCGUAUUCUUCUUUUUCUUUUUUUCUUUUUUUUCUUUUUUUUGCGUAAUUAUAUGAAUUUUGAUGAUGCCGUACUCGAAUAUUUGGCAAUGUUUUAUCUUUUAUUUUUUGCCCUAGUAUUUCAUAAUUAAUACGGAGUAGACCAUUAGAUGAGUGCAGACAUUAUGUAAUACCUACUACUACUAUUAUUCUUGUGUAAUAACUCAUUUCUAUUCGGCUUUAUGGUCUUGUUUUA